UCGAUAUUUUUCGUUCGACCGUUAGUAGUUAGUAGUUGUGUCACUUAAGUCGAGUGAGCUGGAGCUGCCAAGUGCAAUUGUUACUCUGACCUAACCUCAACAGUCAACUCUAUUUCUAUAGCUUUGUGGACCUUGUGGUUGUAAUGAAACGUCAAUUAGGAUUAGAUUCAUUCUUUUCAAAAAAGAUAAAGGCAAAGGUUGAUCAGGAGACUGUAAAUGAAGGAUUGUCAAACACAAAUGGAUCGCAAACACCCAUAUCCUCAAUCUCAACAGCAAGCAAACCAUCUCAGUGUGGACCUAAAUCGGACAGUAGUGAGAGUGAGUUGCAAAUUCCCCCUCGUGAUUUUGGACAUUUAAUAAAUAAAAAUGAAACUCUUAUUAUGAGUAAUAACGAAAGGUAUGAGUGGCUGACAAACCCUUGGACGCCAUCACCAGAAUUCAAGUUUCCCUUGAAUAUAGAAGGUAAGAAAAACAGAUCUUUUCAAACAAGUUGGCUAAAACAAUACCCUUGGCUAGUCUAUAGUAAGAAAUUAGAUGGUGGCUUAUGUAAAGUGUGUAUACUUUUUGGACGAGGAGAGGGGGGUAAAAGUGACGGAAAGCUGGGAAAGUUGGUACUGGAACCUAUGAAAACCUUCAAGAAGGCUACUGAAACAUUAAAAAUCCAUAAUGGAACCAAGUACCACAAUGAAAACAUGAUAGCCAGCAAACAUUUUUCCUUAGUAAUGGACGGCGAAAGGGCUGACAUCGUUUGUAGUCUCAACUCAGCACAAAAAGCUGUUGAAGAGGAGAAUAAGAAGAAGCUAAUACCCAUCAUUAAAACUAUUAUGUUUUGUGGUAUGCAGAAUAUACCACUUAGGGGUCACAGAGAUGAUGGUCAAUUAUUAAAUGAAACUGACAGUGAGCCACACCGUGAAGGUAACUUUAGAGCCCUUCUGAGAUUUCGGAUUGAUGCUGGAGAUAAACAACUUGAGGAACAUGUUAAAUCAUGUGGGAAAAAUGCGUCGUACAUAAGUAAGACCAUUCAAAACGAUUUAAUUUCAUGUUGUGGAGAAGUAAUUACAAACCAGAUAGUUUCACAGAUAACAUAUGCACAGUUUUUCACUAUUAUUGCUGAUGAAACAACAGAUAUGUCCACUAAGGAACAAUUGUCUAUUUGUUUACGCUAUUUAGACAAGUUGACGCUGGAAAUUAAAGAAGAUUUCAUCAUGUUCAUUGAUGUUGUAGAUUUGACGGGAGAAAACAUCGCGCAGAAAAUACUAGAAGCUCUAGACAGCCUGAGCAUUAACAUAGCUGAUUGCAGAGGACAAGCUUAUGACGGGGGCUCAAAUAUGAGUGGGAAGUUUCAAGGAGCUCAGGCUAGAAUUAGAAAAAUUCAACCGCUGGCCAUGUACAGCCAUUGUGCCAGCCAUAGACUGAACUUGGUCAUUAGCAAGGCUUGUACAAUCCCUGCCAUAAGAAAUGCUGUUGGAGUGGUUUCAUCCGUAGCCAACUUUUUUAGAGAGUCUGCCAAGAGACUACAUGCACUUGAUGAUGAAAGGAAUGAGGAAAUUAAAAAGGGAAAGCACGCUGUGAAAAAAAUGUGUGAGACAAGGUGGUUAGAACGUCAUGACGCUGUGUUGACGUUUUUGAGUUCUCUGCCUUCACUACAUGCUACUUUAGAAACUAUGGUUUAUUCUGACCAAGCGGCUGGAAAUAACGCGUUUUCCUUGCUACACAGCAUUCUUUCAUCGGAAUUCAUUGUGAGCUUAGUGGUUUUAGAAAAUGUUAUGACUCUUACACUACCACUGGCUAGGAAACUUCAAGCUGAGUAUAUGGAUGUACUCAAUGCAAUGACAUUGAUAGAUGCUACCCUCAAGAGCAUGCAAGAACAAAGGGCAAACAAUGAAGAGUGUUUCAAAAGACUGUUUGAAAAAGCGCAAAACCUGGCCUCUAAAAUGGAAACUGAAUUAAAAAAACCAAGAUUAGUUGGUCUUCAAAGAAACAGACCAAAUGUGCAAACUGACACAGUUGAAGACUACUUUCGAUUGUCUAUUUAUCUCCCUUUUUUGGAUUUUCUCGUCUGUGAAAUGAAAAAGUAGAUUUCCAAAAAAUCAAUUGGUCCAGAU